UGAAAUUGUUGAGGAUCACGGUGGUGUAAUUUUGGGCUCCUCUUGUCUUUUUGUCAGAAUGUUCCUUUAGGGUUUUUAAUGGGAGAUAAAGCCUAUUGGGUCUGUGUAGUGAAACUUCUGAGAGAGGGUGGAGGAUUUAGCAUCAGGAGGAUUUGGCAUCUGGAGGAUUCCGCGGAGAUUGUUGAGCUGUUCCUAUGAAGAGAUUUGCACGCAGCGAGGUUUUUUUGUAGAAUUUGGUUCAUGGGAAUUGCUUGACCUGAGCUUCAUCUCUCUCACCCCAUCCCUGCUAGGCACAUUGUUGAACGAGUUUCGAUUUUGUGCUUGCAGAUAUUACAAGCAUAUUAUCUUGUUGUCUGGUCCAUUCGCGCCCGUCUUGUUGCAAGAGGCCAAUGUAGUUAUUGCUACACUGACGGGCCGCUAUGGCCUCCUCUACCGCGUCGGUGUCACAGAUGUCAUCCUCCGCUGCUUUCAACUCUUCCACACGUAGCCUCUACAAGACUGUGAAAGUUGAAGGGUCGCGUGUGAAUUCUAGUUGGAGGACCUGUUCAGCGUUUGUAAAUAUAUCCUCUUUGCUGUCCGUUUCGUCAUUUCAGUCUUUGAACGUGGAAAAUUCUGCAAAAUCCUUAUCUCUGCGGGCAGUUGACAAUGUUUCAAACAUCCGGGCUAGUGGUGCCACGCGUUUGAAACCUGUAAGCUCAAGUGCGGGCAACGUUUCUCUUUCAAGCGAUAGAGAAACGACUGCCAAUGAGCAGACAGAGAUGGCUCCCAUGAGUGCUGCGGAGAGAAUGGGCUGGGAGCAGCGUCAGAAGGAGGCAGCUGAGACCAAGGACGCUGCGGACCCCUUUCAGUGGCGGUGGACGCUAAACUGGGACCAAAUUACUCCUAACAUCAUUGUGGGUUCAUGUCCACGAAGCCCUGGGGACAUUGACCGUAUGGUAGACGAAGCAGGCAUUGAUGCCGUUCUUAACCUUCAAAGUGACCUUUGCUUUGACGCCCUCAAAAUUCCCUAUGACUCUAUCCGGAAGAGAGCGUUAGAGCGAGGGAUUCGCCUGGAACGAGUGGCGAUACGAGACUUCGACCACGCAGAUCAAUCCUUGAUGCUUCCAGUAGCUGUUCGACUCCUAAAUUCGCUGAUUGGGAGAGGAAUGAAGGUCUAUGUGCACUGCACUGCUGGGAUUAAUCGUGCCACACUGACCACGGUUGGCCACUUGACAUUCGUUCAACAAAUGGACUUGGAGGAUGCCGUCGCAUUAGUGAAAUCUUGUCGACCGGUGGCUCAUCCUUACAUAGACUGUUGGAUUGAAGUUCGAAGGAGACUCUUAGACGGAAGAAAAGACGAAGUCACUCGCACUUCGGAACAACUUUAUCAGGCUAGACUCCAGAGUGGAACAGAGGGAACGGAGGAUCAGGAUUGGUUCAAAGCGGAAAAAGUUGUCGUUUCACAAACAUUUCAGAGAUACCUUGAAACAGAUGUUGCUUUGAUUGACAUGGAAACAGCUUGGUUAAAACGGAGAUUUGAGCUCGAGCACAAAUCUAAUCUUGGUGGAAAUGGGUCAGUGCACUAUCUCUGAAUUCAGGGUUCAAGAGGUGCAUUAUAAAGGGGGGCUAAUAUUCUGUGAUGUGUAUUGCAAUUUCUUCAAAGACCUUAGGUCUUCCAAGCGUAGUAUGUCUAGGAUAAGGAACAAUUAUUCGGAGGAAUUGUAAAUCAUCCUCUGAUUGCUUAGAGCUGUUCCUAAGUUUUUACUUUCGCUGAAGAGAACUGUAAAGUAUCCUCUAACUGCUUAGAGUUGAUCUUUAGUUUAUACCUAUAGAUGUUUUCAAUAUCAAAAGAUGGGCGCACAAGGAAUACCGCGGAAUGUGCCCUGCCCCACCUUUUUUCGGCUAUGUGAAUCUUGUAUCCUAACCGGCGACCGUCAUGAGCACUACAGUGUUAUUGACUCUGCAUCUCUAAAUCAGUCAAGUUACUUCAUCCCGAGUCUCGUUGAAACAAUAGGGCCAAACGCUGAAGCAUUCCACGGUCUUUUAUGGUCGUUAUUUGUUCUUCUAGUGAUAUUAAUCCGGAAAUAACCCUAUGUAAGAUACCCACAGGCUCUGCUGCUCAAAACCCAAGAGCACCCAUUUCUAGAAAUCCGAAAGUCAAAUGUGGUGAUUCACAUCACCUCUGGAACCAAAAUUUUAACCAAAAUUGUAAUCAAUGAGAUUCAUUGAUAAAUCUUAGCAAUGGA